CUUUGUGCACAAUUUUAGCCAUGGAACAGUACAAGCACGAUUUCAUCAAGCUGGCGCUCGAGUACGGCGUGCUCAAGUUUGGUCGCUUUGAGCUCAAGUCUGGCCGCAUCAGCCCGUACUUUUUCAAUGCUGGCCUGUUCAACACGGCCAAGGCACUCGCGCAGUUGGGCCGCGUGUACGCCUCCGCCAUUGCCGACGCACAAAAGCGCGACGGCCUCCAGUUUGACGUGCUGUUCGGCCCGGCAUACAAGGGCAUCCCGCUGGCUGCGACCACCGCCGUUGCCCUGGUCGAGCACCACGACCAAGACACGCGCUUCUCCUUCAACCGGAAAGAGAAGAAGGACCACGGCGAGGGCGGCGUCAUUGUGGGCAGCCCGCUGGUCGGCCGCAUUCUCGUUGUCGACGACGUGAUUACCGCCGGCACGGCCAUCCGCGAGUCGGUCGACAUUAUCAAGCACGCAGGAGCCUCGUUUGUCGGAGUUGUCAUUGCGCUUGACCGCCAAGAGCGCGGCAAGGGCGAGCUGUCCGCCAUCCAGGAAGUCCAGAACGAGUUUGGCGUCAAGGUGGUCAGCGUCGUCACCCUGGGCGACCUGAUUGACUUCCUCAAGGCACAACAAGCAAGCGGCAACGGCGUUGCGUACGAGGGACUCACCCCCGAGACACUCGCGGCCGUCGAGGCGUACCGUGCCGAGUACGGCGUGAAGCUUUGAAAAGCUUUUGAGAUAUUUUUUUGUUUGUUUUCGAGCCUUUUUGUUGCGUUUCCAAUAUAAUCCUAUACAUCUAUUUCAACG